CUGGCCCCCGCGGCCACCCUCUGCGUUGUUGACCCAGCCUCGGGGGGCGCCCCGGCGGAGGGAAGCGCCUGCUCGCAGAGCGCAGGGCGGCCAGUCGCACUCGGGUCCUCCAGCCAGCAGGGGGGUCCCGGAGGACCACAGCCCUGUGGAGAGCCUGCCUCCCUGGCCCGCCAUCACUGGGGCAGGGGGCAGAAGCUGGACUCUGAGGAGCCCAUGGAGCAGGACCACUCGGCAGCUGCCAGGGGACCAGAGGCUCUGGUGGAAGAGCGGGCUCCGCCAGAAGGCGUCCUGCCCGCUGCCUGGGAACACGCUGGAGGAGGGACCGCAGGGCCUCAGCAUCAGUGGCCGCAAGAGGGCAACCGGCUGCGGGAGGCAGCGGGGAGCAGCCCAGGACCCCUGGAACUGCCCCUUGCGGUAGCCCAGGCAGCCGAGCAGCGCCUCCAGCAAGCGGCUGCCCAGGGCCAGCAGGAGAGGAGCCAGCCUGGCCCAGCGCCCGCUGCAGCCCACGUGCCCCCUCCCAUGCCUUCGCUGUUCCAGCUGUCCUUGCAGGGCACCGCUGCCCUCCUUUCAGCUCCUAGCAAGCAGUACUGCAGCAGCCUGGCCACCCUGACCCCAGGGCUGGCUGAGCUCCUCCUGGCGCACAUGGCGCAGCGGGCCCUGCUCCACCCACGCAGCCUGCGGCUUUUCUUCGGCUGCUGCCUCCAGAAACUUUGCCUGGACUGCUACCCAUACGCCACAAACCGGCUCCUGUGCCAGCUGCAGGCCUUUCCCAGCCUUCGCCAGCUCAGUUUGUUCUCCUGCCCGCUCAUCACAGACCAUGGCCUCUCCGUAGUGCAGCAUCUCCCCCGCCUGCAGCUCCUCAACCUCUCUGCCUGUGUUAAACUAACCGACAACUGCCUGCAGUUCCUGAAAGGGCUGUCGGAGUUGUCUCACCUGGCGCUGGAUCAGACACGCGUAACGGACUGUGGCUUGGCAGAGUUCCUUCUGACGGCACCUCCUGCCCUCUCCCACUUGAGCCUCAACCAGACCGGCAUCACGGAGAGCUCUCUGCGCCUCCUGCCACAGUGUGUCCCCCAGCUCUGGGAGCUGAGCCUUAAGCAAACGGGCAUCACUGAUGUGUUGUCCCUGCGGCACUUGGAGGCUCUGCAGAGGCUCUAUCUGGACGGCACCCGUGUGACCGAAGCCUCCCUCCGGGCCCUCUCCUCCCAUCCGGCCCUCUCUUGCUUGACGCUCUCUGGAGUCCACUCGGUCGACGGCAACCGGGCUCUGGAGCUGGUCUCAGCUCUUCCCCUGACGCGGCUGGGGCUGCCGAGUCGGCACACGGUCACCGACCUUGGCCUGGCUGCUGUCUGUCGACUGGCUGGCCUCCUUGAGCUGGACCUGACCGACUACAUGCAUGUCACGGACGAGGGGCUGCGGCCUCUGCCUCGCCUGCGCAGGUUGCGGUGCUUGUCGCUCGCUAACACGCUGGUCACGGAUCAUGGGCUGCAGCACAUCCGGGCCCUGCAGCUUCUGGAGGAGCUGUGCUUGGACCGCCUCCCCGUCUCCAGCUCUGGGGUGGCCCGCUGCGUCGUCAGCCUCCCACAACUGCAGGUGCUGAGUCUUGCGAGCACAGCAGUCGGGGACUCGGUGGCCAGGCUGGGCCUUGCUCAGUGCCGGCAGCUGCUGAAGCUGAAUCUGAGCCACACCCGCCUUACUGACCGAGGGCUCCGCUUCCUCGGCCAGGUGCCCCUCGUCCAGCUCAACCUGGACAGCUCGGGGGUGACGUCUGUCGGGGUGACUGACCUCCUGGCUGCCUGCCCCACCAUCACCAGCAUCCGGAGCAGCCACCUGCGGGUCUUGUCCCCGGCUGAGCUGCUGGAUGAAGACGAACCCAGCGACUAGGCCACAGCUUGCUCCACAGGGCCCUGUCCAGGUGCUUCCAGGGCAGAGGCCUUUGACUUGGUCCCUCCGGAGACUGUUUUCGUGGUCUGGAUUCGCCACAGUGGACAGCUCGAGGCCACUGAGGGAGGAGAGAGGGCCAAGGCCUGCCCCGCUCUGCACUUACUUCAGGGGGCGCCGGCUUUCUUCCUGCUGGGAUGAGCUCCCUGCUGCACAGGACCUACUGAGCUUUGGAGGCUCAGCAUCAAGGAGGGAAGGGCAGGCAGGACUUUUGCUGGGCGGGGCGGGGCAUGAAGAAAGUGCCUGUAAGGUCCUUUCCACUGAGCAAAGUGGUGCUGCAGGUGUUAGGGGGAGCAGAGGGGAAAUACCAUGCUUUGUGCCUUAAUCGUUUCCAAUAAAACAAUGCCUUAUUUUUACUGUUUAA